AUGGCUGGCAAGCUACACGUCACUAAGACGCAAGCGAUGGAGGAACAACGUCCUCUUCUCGAUAAACGUCACGUGUCUUUUCAUCAAUAUGAUGAGUCAACUCAUCCUUUGUCGGGUCUUGGUGAUCGAUACCCGUCUCAGGAUGCAAAUUGUAUUUCAUCAGCGCUCUUCUCAUGGGUGACGCCGCUCAUGGAGCUGGGGAAUCAGCGACCACUCGAGCACGAUGAUCUGUAUCUUUUAGAUCCAACCAAUCGUGCUCAUGAGGUAUCUACUGAGUUUCAAGAGGCUUGGAAAAAGCAAUGCAGUAAAUCUUCCGACAAACCGAGUCUCUCGAUGACUCUCAUCUCGUGCUUUGGCGGACAAAUUGCUAAGGCUGGUCUUUUAAAACUAAUCCACGAUAUCUUACAAUUUGUAGCGCCUAUGUUAAUCAAGCAAAUCAUUGCGUAUUUGCAAAACCCGGAGGCUACACUACAGGAAGGCCUUCUCUAUGCUGGAAUUGUCUUUGUGUCUGGCGUAAUGCAAUCGUUUCUCUUGCGAAAUUACUUUUUUCACUGUUUUGAAGCAGGAAUGAGGGUCCGUUCGGCUGUGUGCACUGCCGUAUACGACAAGAGUUUGGCGUUAUCUGCUGCUGCUAGACAAAAGAAGACAACGGGUGAGAUUACGAAUCUUAUGAGUAUUGAUGCUCAGAGAUUACAAGAACUCUCGACGUACAUUAAUAGUGUCUGGUUUAGCUUUUUUCAAAUUACGGUAGCGUGUUACCUUUUGUGGAGACAGAUUGGUCCAGCAACGUUUGCUGGAGUAGCAGUUAUCAUCUUAAUGCUUCCAAUCACAGCUGGAAUAUCGAAACUCAUGCGACGAUUGCAGUUGAAACUAAUGGAAGUGAAAGAUGAAAGGAUCAAAAUUUGCAAUGAAGUAUUAGCCGGAAUGAAAGUUAUCAAGAUGCAAGCGUGGGAACACUCAUUUACAAAACGUGUGUUGGAAUAUCGAAGCGAGGAAUUAAGCAAAUUAGGAACGUAUAUUUAUGCGCGUAGUGGCUCUAUGACGCUCUUUUCAGCAAUCCCUUCGUUGGUGACGGUGGCAUCAUUCUAUGCGUAUGUAAAGCUGGGCAAUACGCUAGACGUGGGCACUGCAUUGACAUCGCUAGCACUAUUUAACAUCCUCCGAUUUCCGCUCUUUAUGCUUCCGCAAGUACUAAACGCGAUCGUGGAAGCAGGUGUGAGUAUGGACCGCUUAAGCUCGUACUUGCGAGAAGAAGAACUUGAGAAGGUCGGACCCGGAGAUCUUGACAGCGUCGGGAUUCGAGUGAGAAACGCUGAUUUUACGUGGGAUACAGCACCCAACACGUCAGCUACGAACUUAAACGAAAGGGACAGCUUGUUGCUCGAUAAAGAAGAUAAAAAGGGGCCAAUUCUACGUGAUGUUUGCCUAGAAGCUCGUCCAGGUGACUUGAUCGCUAUUGUUGGCCAUGUAGGUGCUGGUAAAUCGACGCUGUUAAGUGGAAUCCUGGGAAAUGCUCGCUGUAGUAAUGGGGACGUUUGUCUCCGUGGAUCGGUGGCGUUCGUUUCUCAGCAGCCGUUUAUUCAAAAUGCUACUGUUCGCGAGAAUGUGUGCUUUGGUCUCCCGUUUAAUGAGGAAAAAUACACUGAGGCGCUGCGUGUUAGCUCUAUGGUGAAAGAUUUGGUCAGUCUACCGGGAGGAGAUAUGACGGAGAUCGGCGAGAAGGGCAUCAAUCUUAGUGGUGGACAACGUACUCGCGUGGCUCUGGCCCGUGCUGUAUACCAAGAUGCUGAUAUCUAUCUAUUAGAUGACGUUCUGUCGGCUGUUGAUAGCCAUGUUGGCAGUGACAUUUUUAAAGAAUGCAUCAAGACAUGCCUUAAAGACAAACUUGUGAUACUUGUGACCCAUGGUCUGACAUUUUUGAGCGAAUGCGACACGAUUAUAGUGCUCGAAAACGGUUUGAUUAAGGAGAAUGGGACCUAUGAUGAACUGAUGGAAAAAGAUGGUGGACUUUUGAUGGACCUUGUAGAGAAGUACAAAGAUCAUGAUGAAAGUCACGAGCCUCAUAAGACUGAGGAAGAGGUAGUGGUGGAAGAGUUAGAGGAACAAGAAGAGGAUAACCCGACACCUGAACGACUCGAUCGUAGAUUGAGUCGUGCAUCCAUGCGAAGUGAGCGCUCUACAAGUGAAAAUGCCGGGGAUACGCAGUUAAUGACAGACGAGGACCGAUCGGUGGGGGAUGUACCCUGGCAAAUUUACAAAACGUGGAUUAUGGCGUUUGGCGGCAUCUUUGCUGGUCUAUUCGUGAUCAUCAUUUUUAUUGCCACCCAGUGUGUGAGUUUGGUGUCCACGUGGUGGCUAUCAUAUUGGUCAGAACACUCGCAAUCAGAAGAUAUGAGCGACGAGGAAGCAAAGAAGUCACAGAUGUAUUACGUUGAAAUCUACAUGGCUCUUAAUUUAGUGUACGGUGUGGCACUCUACUUUCGUGCUCUAGCCAUUUACAAAGGUGGUCUACGUGCAAGCAAAUCACUUUUUCAGAAUCUUCUUGCUCGAAUCUUACGUGCUCCCAUUUCCUUCUUUGACACGACGCCUACGGGUCGAAUUGUAAAUCGGUUGUCCAAGGACGUGUAUACUGUGGAUGAAAGUAUUCCUGCUACUUGGAGUAUGCUUUUGAAUACUUUUUUUAGUGUUUUGGUGACGCUGGUGACCAUUUCAUACGUGACUCCGAUGUUCAUGAUCAUUUUAGUGCCCGUGUUGGUGGGAUAUUAUAUUUCACAGCGAUACUUUAUCAAAUCCUCCAGUGAGCUACAACGUUUGGAUUCUAUAAGCCGCUCCCCUGUAUUUGCUUUGCUAUCGGAGACUUUAGAUGGAUUGCCAACGAUUCGUGCUUAUUGCGCUGAAUCUCAAUUUUCUACAAGGAAUAAAGAAUUGAUUGACCGCAAUCAGCGUGCUUAUUUUUUAAACUUUGCCGUGAAUUGCUGGCUUGCGCUUCGUCUUGAAUUUGCCGGUACGUUGAUUGCAGCCUUUGCUGCAUUAGCUGCUGUAUUGGCACACAGUGCCAACCCGGAACGCGGAGCAGCUUUUGCCGGGCUUGCUGGGGUAUCGCUUACAUAUGCGUUUAGCGUCACACAAUCUUUGAACUGGUCGGUUCGUAUGCUCAGUCAACUUCAGACACAAAUGGUGUCGGUCGAACGUAUCAAAAACUACACUGUUAUGGAUACGGAAGCUGAGCUCACGAGUGUAGGCAAAUUUUCGUCUGCUCAGGAGUGGCCAUCGGCUGGUGAGAUUGAGUUUCGUGACGUGAAUUUACGUUAUCGCCCAGGCUUGCCCCGUGUUUUGCGCAACUUGUCGCUCUUGAUUCAUCCUCAGGAAAAGAUUGGUAUAGUCGGUCGUACGGGUGCUGGGAAAUCGAGCCUCGUAGUAGCUCUCAUGCGUCUUGUGGAGCUAGACAGUGGGUCAAUUCUUAUUGACGGCUUGGAUAUUGGCACAAUAGGACUGCACGAGCUACGUAACAAGAUCUCUAUCAUCCCUCAGGACCCUGUCCUCUUUUCAGGUACUGUGCGUAGUAAUGUGGAUCCAUUCGACCAGUACACAGACGAGCAGAUUUGGACAUCUUUACGUCGAGGGCAUCUUGCACAUAUUGUGUCGGCAUUGGAUAGUCCAGUGGAUGAAAAAGGCUCAAACUUUAGUGUAGGAGAGCGUCAGUUGUUGUGUAUUGCUCGUGCACUACUCAAGCGCUCGCGCAUUAUUCUCAUGGACGAAGCCACGGCCUCGAUUGACACGGAGACGGACCGCAAGAUUCAACGCAGCAUUCGUGAGGAGUUUCGUGACUGUACGUGCCUUACGAUAGCGCACCGAAUUAAUACGAUUCUUGAUGCAGAUCGUAUCUUGGUCAUGGAACGUGGUGCCGUGGGGGAAUUUGAUACGCCUAAGGCGCUACAGAAGAAGCAAAAUGGAUUGUUUAAGGCUUUGGUAGAGCAUUGGAAGAACGAAGGAAAGUAA